CGGAGGAGAGAAACUGCCAGAUAAAUUCACAGAGAAACUCGUCGCUAUACUGUUGUUUCGCAGUUUGCAUUCGAAGCAGAAGAGAUGGAAAAGGGAACUGGGCUAGGGUUGCAGAGGAAAUCGAUGAAGCGGAAGAAGACCAAGGGAUUUGCUAGGGCACUAGUCGACUACCUUGCGUCCGACUCAUACAUGUACGCUCCCCUAAUAGACUCGCAACCGUCGAAACCGCCGGAGCAUUCAGUCUCGGCGUUGGAAGAAGUUGCAGGGGACGCUUUUGUUGGCACCCCUGUAGCUCCAGUUAGAAGAAAAAUGAAGAAUUCCAAGGUUCUGGAUUCGAGCACUCACUCUGCUCGAAAAAAGAAGGAAUUAACGGUGACACAUUUGGACAAAAGACCGACCUCCCUAGAUGGUAAUCUUUCUGGCAUAACCUUGGACAUAUGGAAAGCGACCCCUUGAUAGUAAACAACUUGUGGUUUGGGCUUGCAUUAAUUACAUGCAACGAUACAACAACAAUAACAAGCCUUAAUUCCACUAAUUGGGGAUUAUAUAUCCUGUGAUGUUUAUAUUAUUUUCUUAGCAGGAUAUGCUCGCUUCUUUCCAACUUUUCACCUUUUUAAACUUUUAUUUGUAGGACCAGAAUUUGACCGAUACAAGCAUGGAGUAUU